GCAUCACACUCAACUGGCAGUAUCUGACUACAGCUGCUGAAGUCCAGAGCCUUUGAAUUGCAUUAUGAACAGCCUGCCUGAAGCCAAUUUGAAAUUUGCGAUUGACACUUACCACAAAUUGAGAGAGGAGCACCCACAUGAUAACCUCCUCUUUGCCCCUGUAAAUGCUACCUCUGCCUUGGGGCUACUUGCCAUGGCAUCUGGACAUGAACAGGCAGCAAAGAUUGAGAAGGUCUUGCACUGGGAUGAAGUAAAAGAGUGUGACACAUCCAGAAACAGAAGAUAUUUGGAGGCAGUUGAAAGCAUUGGACUAAUAUCAGCCAGAGUAAAGACACAAGAAAAAAUUGAUAUUCUUCCCAAAUCAAGCCCUCAUUCUGAAUCAACAUUUCCCAGAUCAAAGCCUUCUCUUGAGUCAACUUGUCCUGAAGCAGAGGACUCCAAAUCAAGAUCUUGUCCAGAAGCAGAACGUUCCAGACCAAGAAGCCAACCUGAACGAGACCAUCCAGAAAAGGAGGACUCUAAAAGAGAAGCCCAUUGUGAGCAAGACAAUUCUGAACCAGAACGUUCAAGAUCUCGUCCGGAGGCAGGGCGCUCCAGACCAAGAUCCCAAGCUGAGCCAGACCAUCAUGAAAAAGAAGACUCUGCACCUGAAUGUAGGCCUGGUGAAGCACACCCCAGACCAAGACCACAUUCUGAGGCAAAUCACCCAGUAAAAGAAGACUCUGCAACUGGACGUAGGUCUGAGGAAAGACACUCCAGAGCAAGAACCCAUGCUGACUCAGAACACCCUGAAUCUGAAAAAUCUGCCCCAAGAACCUGUCCUGAGGCAGCACACUCCAGACCAAGACCUGAGACAUCCCGUCCUGAACAUGACUCUAAAUCAGAAACCCAUCGUGAGUCAACCUGCCCUGAAGCAGAGGAUUCCAAAUCAAGAUCUCGUCCAGAAGCAGAACAUUCCAGACCAAGAAGCCAUCCUGAACGAGACCACUCUGAAAAGGAAGACUGUAAACGAGAAGCCCCUCAUGAGUCAGAAGAUUCUGAACCAAGAUCUCGUCCGGAAGCAGCACGCUCCAGACCAAGAUCUCAGGCUGAGCCAGACCACCGUGGAAGAGAAGACUCUGCACCUGAAUGUAGGACGGAUGGAACGCACCCCAGACCAAAAGCACAUACUGAGGCAGACCGCCCAGUAAAAGAAGAUGCUACAACUGGACGUAGACCUGAGGAAAGACACUCCAGAGCAAGAACCCAUGCUGGCUCAGAACAACCAGAAUCUGAAGAAUCUGCCCCAAGAACCCGUCCUGACGCAGCACGCCCCAGACCAAGAUCCGAGUCAUCCCGCCCUGAACAUGAAGACUCUAAAUCAGAAACCCAUCGUGAGUCGACCUGUCCUGAAGCAGAGGACUCCAAAUCUAGAUCUCGUCCAGAAGCAGAACGUUCCAGGCCAAGAAGGCAUCCUGAGCGAGACAACCCUGAAAAGGAAGACACUAAAGGAGAAGCCCAUCGUGAGUCAGAAGAUUCUGAACCAAGAUCUCAUCCGGAAGCAGCACGCUCAAGAUCAAGACCUCAGGAAGAGCGAGACCACCAUGAUAAAGAGGACUCCGUACCUGAAUGUAGGCCUGAUGGAACACACCCCAGACCAAGAGCACAUGCUGAGGGAGACCGCCCAGUAAAAGAAGACUCUACAACCGGACGUAGGACUGAGGAAAGUCACUCCAGAACAAGAACCCAUGCUGACUCAGAACACCCUGAAUCUGAAGAAUCUGCCCCAGGAACCCGUCCUGACGCAGCAUGCCCCAGACCAAGAUCUGAUUCAGCCCGUCCUGAACAUGAAAACUCUAAAUCAGAUGCCCAUCGUGAGUCAACUUGUCCGGAACCAGUGGACUCCAAAUCAAGAUCACGUCCAGACGCAGAACGUUCCAGACCAAGAAGCCAUCCUGAGCAAGAUCACCCUGAAAAGGAAGACUCUAAACGAGACGCCCAUUCUGAGCCAGAACAUUCUGAACCAAGAUCUCGUCCAGAAGGAGUACGCUCCAGGCCAGGAUCUCAGGCUGAGUCAGACCACCGUGGAAAAGAAGACUCUGUACCUGAAUGUAGGCCUGGUGAAGCACACCCCAGACCAAGAGAACAUGCUGAAGCAGACCACCCAGUAAAAGAAACCUCUGCAUCAGGACGUUGGCCUGACCAAAGACACUCCAGAGCAAGAACCCAUGCUGGCUCAGAACAUCCUGAGCCAGAACAUUCUGAACCAAGAUCUCGUCCAGAGGCAGAACGCUCCAGACCAAGACCUCAAGCUGAGCCAGACCAUCGUGAAAAAGAAGAUUCUGCACCUGAAUGUAGGCCUGAUGAAGCACAUCCCAGACCAAGAACCCAUGCGGAGCGAGGCCGCCCUGAAAAGGAAGACUCUAAACGAGAAGCCCAUCGUGAGCAAGAACAUUCUGAACCAAGAUCUCAUCCAGAGGCAGAACGCUCCAGACCACGAACUCAGGCUGAACCAGACCAUCAUGAAAAAGAAGACUCUGCAUGUGAAUGUAGGCCUGAUGAAGCACACCCCAGACCAAGAACCCAUGCCGAACGAGGCCGCCCUGAAAAGGAAGACUCUAAACGAGAAGCUCAUCCCGAGCAAGAACAUUCUGAAUCAAGAUCUCGUCCAGGGGCAGAACGCUCCAGACCAAGACCUCAGGCUGAACCAGACCAUCGUGAAAAAGAAGAGUCUGCACCUGAAUGUAGGCCUGAUGAAGCACACCCCAGACCAAGAACCCAUGCCGAGCAAGGCCGCCCUGAAAAGGAAGACUCUAAACGAGAAGCUCAUCCCGAGCAAGAACAUUCUGAACCAAGAUCUCAUCCAGGGGCUGAACGCUCCAGACCAAGACCUCAGGCUGAACCAGACCAUCAUGAAAAAGAAGAGUCUGCACCUGAAUGUAGGCCUGGUGAAGCACACCCCAGACCAAGAACCCAUGCCGAACGAGGCCGCCCUGAAAAGGAAGACUCUAAACGAGAAGCCCAUCCUGAGCAAGGACAUUCUGAACAAAGAUCCCGUCCAGAGGCAGAACGCUCCAGACCAAGACCUCAGACUGAACCAGACCAUCGUGAAAAAGAAGAGUCUGCACCUGAAUGUAGGCAUGAAGAAGCACACCCCAGACCAAGAACCCAUGCCGAACAGGGCCGCCCUGAAAAGGAAGAUUCUAAACGAGAAGCCCAUCCUGAGCAAGAACAUUCUGAACCAAGAUCUCGUCCAGAGGCAGAACGCUCCAGACCAAGACCUCAGGCUGAACCAGACCAUCGUGAAAAAGAAGAGUCUGCACCUGAAUGUAGGCCUGAUGAAGCACACCCCAGGCCAAGAACCCAUGCCGAACGGGGCCGUCCUGAAAAGGAAGACUCUACACGAGAAGCCCAUCGUGAGCAAGAACAUUCUGAACCAAGAUCUCGUCCAGAGGCAGGUCGCUCCAGACCAAGAUCUCAGACUGAACCAGACCAUCGUGAAAAAGAAGAGUCUGCACCUGAAUGUAGGCCUGAUGAAGCACACCCCAGACCAAGAACCCAUGCCGAGCAAGGCCGCCCUGAAAAGGAAGACUCUAAACGAGAAGCCCAUCCUGAACAAGAACAUUCUGAACCAAGAUCUCGUCCAGGGGCAGAACGCUCCAGACCAAGACCUCAGGCUGAACCAGACCAUCGUGAAAAAGAAGAGUCUGCACCUGAUUGUAGGCCUGAAGAAGCACACUCCAGACCAAGAACCCAUGCCGAGCGAGACCGCCCUGAAAAAGAAGACUCUAAACGAGAAGCCCGUCCUGAACAAGAACAUUCUGAACCAAGAUCCCGUCCAGAGGCAGGUCGCUCCAGACCAAGAUCUCAGACUGAACCAGACCAUCGUGAAAAAGAAGAGUCGGCACCUGAAUGUAGGCCUGAUGAAGCACACCCCAGACCAAGAACCCAUGCCGAACGAGGCCGCUCUGAAAAGGAAGACUCUAAACGAGAAGCUCAUCCCGAGCAAGAACAUUCUGAACCAAGAUCUCGUCCAGGGGCAGAACGCUCCAGACCAAGACCUCAGGCUGAACCAGACCAUCGUGAAAAAGAAGACUCUGCACGUGAAUGUAGGCCUGAUGAAGCACACCCCAGAUCAAGAACCCAUGCCGAACGAGGCCGCCCUGAAAAGGAAGACUCUAAACGAGAAGCCCAUCCUGAACAAGAACAUUCUGAACCAAGAUCUCGUCCAGAGGCAGGUCGCUCCAGACCAAGACCUCAGGCUGAACCAGACCAUCGUGAAAAAGAAGAGUCGGCACCUGAAUGUAGGCCUGAUGAAGCACACCCCAGACCAAGAACCCAUGCCGAACGAGGCCGCCCUGAAAAGGAAGACUCUAAACGAGAAGCUCAUCCCGAGCAAGAACAUUCUGAACCAAGAUCUCGUCCAGGGGCAGAACGCUCCAGACCAAGACCUCAGGCUGAACCAGACCAUCGUGAAAAAGAAGACUCUGCACGUGAAUGUAGGCCUGAUGAAGCACACCCCAGAUCAAGAACCCAUGCCGAACGAGGCCGCCCUGAAAAGGAAGACUCUAAACGAGAAGCCCAUCCUGAACAAGAACAUUCUGAACCAAGAUCUCGUCCAGAGGCAGGUCGCUCCAGACCAAGAUCUCAGACUGAACCAGACCAUCGUGAAAAAGAAGAGUCGGCACCUGAAUGUAGGCCUGAUGAAGCACACCCCAGACCAAGAACCCAUGCCGAACGAGGCCGCCCUGAAAAGGAAGACUCUAAACGAGAAGCUCAUCCCGAGCAAGAACAUUCUGAACCAAGAUCUCGUCCAGGGGCAGAACGCUCCAGACCAAGACCUCAGGCUGAACCAGACCAUCGUGAAAAAGAAGACUCUGCACGUGAAUGUAGGCCUGAUGAAGCACACCCCAGAUCAAGAACCCAUGCCGAACGAGGCCGCCCUGAAAAGGAAGACUCUAAACGAGAAGCCCAUCCUGAGCAAGAACAUUCUGAACCAAGAUCUCGUCCAGGGGCAGAACGCUCCAGACCAAGACCUCAGGCUGAACCAGACCAUCGUGAAAAAGAAGAGUCUGCACCUGAAUGUAGGCCUGAUGAAGCACACCCCAGGCCAAGAACCCAUGCCGAACGGGGCCGUCCUGAAAAGGAAGACUCUACACGAGAAGCCCAUCGUGAGCAAGAACAUUCUGAACCAAGAUCUCGUCCAGAGGCAGGUCGCUCCAGACCAAGAUCUCAGACUGAACCAGACCAUCGUGAAAAAGAAGAGUCUGCACCUGAAUGUAGGCCUGAUGAAGAACACCCCAGGCCAAGAACCCAUGACGAGCGAGGCCGCCCUGAAAAGGAAGCCUCUGAACGAGAACCCCAGCCAGAACCAUCUUGGCCAAAACAGACAACUGUGUCAGCACAUCCCAGACCAAGAUCCCAUCAUGAGCCAGAACAUUCCGAAUCAGAAAGCUCUAGACCAAGACUCCAUCCUCAACUAACAUGGCCCAAACAAAGACCUACAAUCCAUCCCGAGGCAUCCAGUUCUGAAUCAGAACAGCCCAGGCUGCCUGGGCGUGAGCAAAGCAGACAUCAUUCACUUCCAUCUCAUGAUAGUAAACCUGAAGAAGAACCUUGCCCUGAUAAAGAUGUUCCAGAUUAUGAACAUGAAACACAUGAAGGAGUCCAUACUGCAUUUAGCAAAAUCCUUGAAGCUCUGAAUGAAUCCAUCGGCAAAUAUACUCUGAGUAUUGCCAACAAGCUCUAUGGAGACCAUUCUAUUGCCUUCAUUCAGAAAUUCAUUUCUAAUGCUCUAAACCUCUACCGGACAGAUGUAGAGGGAAUUAAUCUGAAGAAUGCCCCAGAGGAAGUGAGGGGAAUCAUCAACCAUUGGGUUGAGGCUCAGACACAAGAUAAAAUCAAGGAUCUUCUCCUUGAGGACAGCUUUGACUGUCAUGCCCAGCUGCUGCAACUAAAUGCUCUCUACCUCAAGGGACAAUGGAAGGUGAAGUUUAAUAAAGACCUUACAGUAGAAGCUCCAUUUUAUUCACAUUAUGCAGCUAAGAAUGACUGCCAGACUGUGCAGCUGAUGAACAGGAAUGGUAUUUACAAUACAGCCACAUUUGAUGUCGGGGAUACUGAGGUCCAAGUGCUUGAGAUUCCUUUCAAGGACAAUGAACUGAGCUUAUAUGUGAUGCUCCCAACAGACAGUGGGCCGGAAGCUCUCAAACAACUGGAAGAUUCUCUGACCCAUGAACACCUGCUCGACUGGGCCAGUCAUCUGAAACCUGAGUUGGUGGAUCUUUUCAUCCCCAAAUUCAGCUUAGAAAAGAAAUUUUAUCUCAAUCAAUACUUGGAUCUGCAUGAUCUUUCUGAUCCUAAAAAAGCUGAUUUCUCUCAAGCAACAACCACAGAAGGAGUGACUCUUACUCAGCUGGUCCAUGACGCCUUUCUUGAAAUCAAUGAAGAGGGUUGUGAGGAAGUAGAGGACCCACGUCUCUGCCGGGAUAGGCGUUCACAUCGAAAAGCCCUGGAAUUUAUGGUUGACCAUCCUUUCCUUUAUUUUGUCCACCAUAAAUGCACCCAAAGUAUCAUUCUCUUCGGCAAAUUCUCUAAACCGGAAUAAAAGGACCCUUGUGAUUCAUGCAAAACACACACACACACACACACUGGAGCACGAAUAUGGAAAACCUGUUUUUGAUUACGGCAGUCCUCUGGAUUUUUUCCCUCUUUGCCACAUUCUCUGGACAGCUUAGUCUUUGCAGAGAUUUGGGACAAAGAAGCUUUCUACUUGGUGGUAGGCCAAAUUCUUACUGUGGAACUAGAAUGCUUUAAGGCUUCAUGCCCUGUCAGUCUGUUAUUUUCUUCUUUUACUGUGUAUAACUGUUCAGUUCUUUAAAAAAAACAGCCUUCCUCCUGAUCUUUGGCAAUAGUCUCAGGUCUUGAGACCCAGAUUAUCACAUGUUAGCUUAUAAUUAAAUACCUGCAACUGGGGAGGAACAGAGCUGCAUUUGUGUAGCACAGUAGCACUGUAUUGGCUGAAGAGACACUUCUUUUUUACAGGGAGAUCUUAUCAGCACAUUUUUCUCUUGUGAUAAGGUCAGUCAAAACAAAAUGCAGCAAAAAAUGAGAUUUUGUGCCAUAUGCACUGUCUUUGGAAUCUGCUUCUUGACACCAGCCUUCCUAAUGCUUCAUGAUCUAGCCUGCCUAAGUAACCCAUUGCCUAAGUCAACAUAAUAGUAUCAUCCUACCUACCUAAAUGGAAGUGAGCCUCUCUGAAAUCAAUGGCAUAUGUGUAAACAUGCUUAGGGUUUCACUAGCUCCAUCUACACUGCCAUAUAAAAUCCAGAUUAUCUGCUUUGAAGUAGAUUAUAUGGCAACGUAGACUCAUAUAAUCCAGUUCAAAGCAAAGAAUGUGAAUUACAGUAGAGUCUCACUUAUACAACAUAAACGGGCUGGCAGAAUGUUGGAUAAGCAAAUAUGUUGGAUAAUAAGGAGGCAUUAAGGAAAAACAUCAAAUUAGGUUAUGAUUUUACAAACUAAGCACCAAAACAUCAGGUUAUACAACAAAUUUGACAGAAAGGUAGUUCAAUAGCAGUAAUGCUAUGUAGUAAUUACUGUAUUUAUGAAUUUAUCACCAAAAUAUCACGAUGUAUUGAAAACAUUGCCUACAAAAAUGCCUACAAAAAUGUGUUGGAUAAUCCAGAAUGUUGGAUAAGCGAGUGUUGGAUAAGUGAAACUUUACUGUAUCUGUAUCUGAUUUGAUAACAUGGAUUUUAUGGCAGUGUAGAUCCAGCCACUGUUAAAUUAUAUGACGGAAUGGUUCUUUUAAAGGGCAAGUAUCAACAACGAAAAAUCUCUACGACUUUUGCUUUGCAUUGCAAGAUGGAAAUCUCAAUCUUUUUCCUUGACUUGAACUGUAGCUUUUGUAUCACAAUAAACUAAGCAUUGCAUAAAAA